UAAAGCAUUAUUAGUACCCUUUCCUUCAGUAAGAUGUCCCAUACGAUAGUAACGGCAACCACCACCUCCACCACCUCUAGCAGUUCAGACGGCGGUGCAAUAUACUUCGGCUAUGCGAGAUCUCUCCCGGGGAUACUGAAAAUUGCACAAGUGCUGGUGCUGCUGGUUGCCUUCCUGUGUGUGCACUUAUGUAGUAAUUGGACCAAUUACGAUGCGUACCGCUACUUUGAGGUGGUAACAGUCUGGUUCCUCAUUGUCUUCCUGAUAUUCUUCAUCAUGCACAUUUUCAGGCUUCAGAGCAAACUGCCCUGCAUUAACUGGACUUUUACUGAGUUUUUGCAUUAUGCCAUCGGAACUAUCCUGAUCUUCAUCGCGUCCAUCGUCGCUGCAGUGAAGAGUCAUGGGGUUUCUUGCCUUGUAGCUGGAUCAGUUUUUGGAUUUAUAGCAACUUUUCUGCUUGCUGUAACUUUAUGGAUGUCGUACAAGGUCACAUGUGGAUCCCAGCCAACAGGUGCAGCUGUAUAGAAGGAAGGCCGGGUCUUGUUUUUUUCUGUGUGGUGGUUUUGGUGCUGUUUCCUGAAUGGCAGACUCUCCACCAGGGCCUUAAAAAUCAGUGUUACUUUUCAACCAGGGCUUUGUUUGUUCUGGUUAAUGUGAAUUCUGCAUGAAUGUUUUGUAAUUGUUGCAUAGAAUUAGUGGCGUUUACAUUCAUAUAUUAAAAAGACAGUCCAUCAUCCAACUGAUUAACAGUAUAAUAUUUAUGAUAACUUACUGGCAAUCUUUUGUUCCAAAAUGUGUUUUAUAAACAGUUAAAUAGCUGCCAGUUCAUAGGAGCAGUCAGGUACAAGACCAUACAGUUUAUAUUUUAUACUUCUAUGUGUAUUUAAACUGUCCCCCCUACUUGAGUCUUCUGAUUUUCAGAAACAUAUUUUUCACUUUCUGAUAUAUAAAACAUUUUCACUGAUGUGGGCGGACUCUUCAGCUGCUGCUUUUUUUUUAAAUGUCAGUUUCUUAUGUUUGGUGGCUCCGUGAAGAGAAUAAAAAGCAUUUCAGGCAUCCUGAGACUAUGUUUGGUCCAUUUAAAAAACAAACAAGGAUAGCUAGUCCUUCACAAUCACAAGACAGAUUGAGUAUAGAAUACGCGUGGUAUUUUACACAGUGCUGGAGGAAGUCUUUGGUCAUGUACAAGAUCCUGAAAGUUAUUUGGGAGGUUGAAGCAGUUCACAAUGGCUAAGGAAUGCUGAACACAUUUGUGAGCUAUAUCAAUCAGGAAUCCCCUAUAAUAUACAGUACGUGGUGAUUACAUCUUUUGCUUGGUAUGUGCAGUUAACCAGGAAAUUGUUUUCAGGCAGAACUAAUGACAGAACAUUACAGCUCAGUUUGUUAGUGCAAGUUGUUAAUAACAUUUUUUUUUAAAGGUUCCAAACAUUAGGAGGCUUAGGUAGAAGUCAGGUCUUUGCAUCAUUUUCAGUAAGUUAUGAUUCCUUCCUCUGGGAUUAACAUACUGUAAGUCUUUAGACACCAUCCACUCUCAAAUCAUGAAUCAUUCAUAACGAGCUCUUUUCCUGCGUUACGAGGUCAUCAUUCCUAUAAACCCCUAAAUCACAGCUCCUCAGUACAUUUACUGCUUUCUAGGACACCUAUUAGAACUGAUGACACACAUUUAAGAAGCUGUAGCCUGAAGAUGUAGAAAUGAAUUGCAAGUACUGUGCCUUAAUUGUUAAUUAUCCAUAUCCAUGUCUGUGUCUAGUUAAUUUGUUGAUCAACUAUUCAGCUUUCUGCUUUCACAGUGUGCGCAACGUUCUGAAUGUGGAUCAGAUGGUUCAGGAGGGUUGCUGGAACUUCCAGUCAGUCAUUUACAGGUUCUAGAAGAAUAGCACAUGUGACAAUGCCUUAGACUCUGAUGUAAGCGCUAUGGAACACAAGACCCAUACCACAUGUCCUGGCCGCUACUGAAACACAAGGCAAAUGUGAAUUAUUCCCUUAGGAAAUGUAACUGUAAAAAGCAAAUUAGACAACCAUUCAAACAAGAUAGCAAAAAGAGAAGAAAUUUGCAGCUGAACUGAAGAAUAUACAUUCAACAGUCUAUGCAAUGUCCUGUGUUAGAAAAAGAGUAAUUCGUGUCAUUAUUGAAUGUGAUUUCAAUUUACUGUUUCUUUUUCCCCUGUAUUGUAGCACAAAAGAUAAAUACAGUGGUCAUUCUUUGAAUUUUGUUUGCAACUCUAAUAAAAACAGCAGGUGACAUAAA